AUGGUACCUUCUGCUAGUGCCCUAGUCCACCUAAAUGAGAAGUGUUGCAUUUUUUGUGAAAAAGCACAUAUAUCUAAGAAGUGUCGAGUUCGAGUAAAGUGUUCUAAAUGUAAUGGUAGACACAAUCAUAUUAUAUACCAGAAAGACUCCGAUACAACACAAAGGUCUGUUCCUGUACAAAUAGAAAAUUUACUUUCCAACAGUACCUUUACUCAUGUAUUUCUACAAACUUUAAAGGUUAAAUUGAUUGGAGUUAAUAAAAAUCGAUACUCUAAACUAAUAUUUGAUACAGGAUCCCAAAGGUCUUAUAUUAGUAAAUGCGCUAUUGCUAAGAUGGAAUAUAGUCCUUUAAGAAUCGAGCAGAUGGUUCACUCGUUGUUUGGUGGAACAAUAACCCAAACAGUAUCUCAUACAUGCUACAGAAUUCGUGUAAGCAGUUUUAAUGACAAAUAUAUCUGUAAUUUUGAAGCUCUAGACCAACAAAUAAUUUGUAAUAAUAUUCCCUGCAUUAAAAAUGGCCCUUGGAUCGAUGAACUUCGUUCAUUUGGAGUAGAUAUGUUAGACACUGUAGAUGGCUCAAUAGAUAUUUUAGUUGGUGCAGAUAUUUAG